UAAUAAUUCUAUAUUCACCAUUUGGCAUAAAAAAACAGUGCGAAAUUGAUGGAAGGGUUCUGACAAUUAUACCCACUAGGCCACUACAAAAGCUGAAAGCUGAAAGCUUCUAGAUCAGUUAUCAUCAUCAUCAGAGUUCAGAACUUGUCUUAUUUUUCACCCAAUGGCGAGCGAUAGGAAAAUCGGGGUAGCUUUAGAUUUUUCCAAGGGAAGCAAGAUCGCUCUCAAAUGGACUGUUGAUAAUCUUGUCCGCCACGGUGACACUCUCUAUGUUAUUCUCAUCAAUCAUUCCAAAUCCUCUGAAUCUCGUAACCAUCUAUGGUUAACCACCGGUUCUCCUCUUAUCCCGUUGUCCGAGUUUCGUGAGAAGAACGUGACUCACCAGUAUGAGGUGGUGCCUGAUGCUGACGUUUUGGAUGUACUCGAUACUGCGGCUGAUCAGAAACAGGUGACUGUGGUGGCGAAGGUUUAUUGGGGAGAUGCAAGAGAGAAAAUUUGUGAGUCUGUUGGAGAUUUGAAGCUUGAUGCUUUGGUCAUGGGUAGUAGAGGUUUGGGUGCCGUUAAGAGGGUAUUGAUGGGGAGUGUGUCUACUUAUGUCACUUCAAAUGCAACUUGUCCAGUAACAAUUGUGAAAGAAUGAGUAUGCUGCUGUGUUUGGUUGAUCUCUUUGCAAAUGGCUGUUUUCUUUGUUCUUACAUUUACGUAUUUAUGAUCUAUUAGACUCUGGUUUUUUAAGACACUAUUUUUAGUUUAUAUAAGUGCUUAUGCUAAAGCCAAAAGUGUGUUUAUAACUAAGCUUUGUGGUGGAUCUGUUUCAAAUAUGCUACCUAACAUGAUGGAGUGGAUUGACAUGUUUCAUGUUUGAUUCUCACUGUGUAUUUGUCUGUAAAAUAAUCAUCAAAGUGUUGCUUUAUGCAAAUUCUGUGUUUUGUUUGUGUUCA